CGUCACCGUAAAUUCCAGCUCUCUUUGCUGUUGCUCUCGUUUCUAUUCGGGACUGGCGAGACUUUUUCGCCGCUUUUUUCUCUCAUUCACCUCACCUGCGCUCAUUCUCUUGGCGUGUAUUCUCUCUGACGACUCCCAAGUAGCACUGCCAUCAUCUUCGGUGGGCGGAGACAACGCGCAAAACAGCAGCGAAUGGUGACGGCCUCGACGCUACCCCCAAAUGGUGAUGAUGAGACCGAGCACCGAGUGAUGCUGAGCGCAAAACUGGAUGAGGCAACUCUGCCCGGCGACAAGCAGGCAGCACAAUGAAGAUCCAAAGGCUAUUUAUCUAUCCUGUCAAAUCGCUCCUACCUAUUGAGGUGCAAAUUGCAGAGAUUACGAGUGAAGGAUUUCGAUUUGACCGACAGUACAUCCUAGUCAGGGAUCCUCGAUGCCACCCAACUGUCAGGCCUCAUCUGGCCGAGCACUUGACCAUCAAGCGGGUGUAUAAACUGGCGCUCUUCCAGCCGUCAAUAAACGAUGAUUGGUCGGAGCUGACUAUCAAGCACACGCUUGCUCAACCAGAAUCAUCCAUUACUCUCCCGCUCACACCAUCACCACUGUCAUGCCUGGACGCGCAGACGUAUCAGGUGAGCAUUUUCGGCACCGAGGCCUCAUGCGUUGACAUGGGAGAUGGCCCGGCAGAAUUCUUCAGCAAGCACCUCGACAUACCCACGAGAUUACUAUUCAUCUCCGGCUCAGGCAGUCGAGAAAUCCCAGGAGCCGCUUAUAUACCCAAACACCGACUGCCGCUCACAAUCCGGGCCGCCGGCGAGCAUUUCCAGCCCCAGCGGAUCCGCUUCGCCGAUGCGGCCCCAUUCCUAGUCACAUCAACGGCGUCUGAAGAAAACGUCCGAGCUCGGUUACCAAAAGAAGACCAGCGAGAGGACGUUCUGAUCCGCUUCCGUACCAACAUUCACGUCGAUGUGGGAUCCACCGCCGCGUUCGACGAGGACUCUUGGAGAGAGCUUACUGUGUUUUCAGAAGACUCGACUACGCCAAAGGCGGUAGUUCGCUGUGUCUUCAAAGCCCCUCGCUGCUUGAGUGUGAACGUGGACAUUGAGAGUGGGGGUGGAUCUCCACGGAAUAGACAGGUCUACGGCUUGAUAGCUAAAGAUAGGCGUAUUAACACGGCCUAUCCCCUCAAACCAGUCUUUGGGAAUUGGUCUUUUGCCGGCCCAAAUGGAGCACUACUGAGAGUCGGUGAUGAAGUUCGUGUUACGGAGAGGGGGCUAAGCGACAGGUUGACUCAACAGGUAAAUGCGGCAUGAAAUACAAGCUUAUUCUUGAUACAAUUGGUAUACCGAGGUCGUUUCGGAUCUAGGGAAGAAAAGACCGUGGGCAGUUGAGAUGUAUAAUAGCUAAAGAUACGGCGGCGGUAUCAUAAUUGAGUGUAUAUAUGAACGGCU